AUGGACUCUACACGCCCUAUCAGACAACGCCAGGGAGCUAGUCGUGACCCCAAUCGUGCUGGUAGAGCUACCCAAGGAGCUGGUCAUGACGAUAGACAACAGUAUCACCGAAACCUACAACAACAGUAUCAACACCAAGGCCAACACCAGCACCAGAGUAUGUCACAGAGCAGCAUCGCCAUCACACCGGCCUGUUACCUCUGCCACGACCCCAGACACCUUCAGCGGCGUUGUCCACUAUUCGCUCUUUGGAAAUCCGCCGUCGAGACACUCUGCCGCGACCAUACUAUCGACCCAAUGAACCUUCUUGAACAGAUCGACAUCGGAAUCCUUGUUACUGCACUAGCUAGCGCUCUUCCCGAUAGGGAUGGUGACAUCUCUAUGCAGUAG